GAGUAGGGACGUCCCAUGGUUUCCGGUUAGCACGGACCCCAUCAGUUUAUUGAGCAAUAUCUACCUCAACCUCAACGCUCGUGGUCUGACUGUGCAGUGACUGAGGAAUAGUUCCAACUUCCUCGAACUUGUUGGUUUAGUUUCGUUUCCUUCGUAUAACGCAGCUGCUGAUCGACACAUUUCUCCAUUUUGCUGUGGUAGUUUGUCUGGCUAGCCUACAUCUCCGGGAUAAAGAGUCUGGGUCAGACACAUUGUAGGCUAUUAUAUUGGUUUGAAAGUCGAAUAAUAGAAUCAGUCAAAAUGAAGAAGGUACUUCUGUUCGUGUUUAUACUCAGCGCUAUUGUCUCAGCGCUGGCAUCUGCUCAAGAGGAUACCAAAAGAUCCAAACCGUCUGCAACUGUCUUCCCCCCCUCUGAGUUUGGCCCCACGUCCAACACUACCACAACCUCUACUACAACUACGACUGUAUUACCCACCACAGAAUCCCAGAAUGAUACCACCACAGCAGCUCCUACUACAACUCUUACACCCACUACGACUGCAUCCAACAGCACCACAGCUGCCCCCACAACAGCCAAUACCACCACAGCUGCCCCCACAACAGCCAAUGCCACCACAGCUGCCCCCACAACAGCCAAUGCCACCACAGCUGCCCCCACAACAGCCAAUGCCACCACAGCUGCCCCCACAACAGCCAAUGCCACAACAGCCAAUGCCACCACAGCUGCCCCCACAACAGCCAAUGCCACCACACAUGCUCCCACCACUACUGCCACUCCAAAACCGGAGCCCACCCCUCCUGCUAACCUGACCGUGGGAAACUACACUCUCAAGUCGAAGAAGGGUCUGUGUCUGAUGGCCCAGCUGGCCCUGCAGAUCAGAGUGGAAGACACUGGAAAGACAGGAGUAUUCAUCGUUCAACCAGCGCAGACAAAUGCUGAAGGGGGCUGUGAGACUUCCACGGCCAACUUAACCCUCACGUUCAAGGAGGGCUUCAUCACCUUCAUGUUUAAUAAGAACACCACCCAAAACGCUGUCUAUGUCGACACGGUUUCUUUCUCUCUUUCCUACCCGUUAACGUCUGGAGACAACGGCAAAAUGUCUCUACCCUACGUCGCCAAAAAUGGGUCACUGGAUCUCUUCCACACUAAGGUUGGCCACUCCUACUCCUGCAAGAGCGAAUCAGUUUUCAUGGGAAAAGGGCUCUAUCUGGACAUCACCCAGGACAGGAUACAGGCCUUCAACAUCACCAAGGAGUGGGACUUCGGCACAUCUGACCCCUGCCCCGCCGACAGACCUGCUGACUACCGCGUGGCCAUUGCUGUGGGGAUUGUCCUCCUUAUCCUCAUCAUCAUCGUGGUGGUGGCCUAUCUCCUGAGCAGGCGAAAAAGAUCAGAUGGCUACCAGUCCCUCUGAAGAGCCACUCAGGGGUCAAAGGGCGCACUGUAUCAGCUCACAGUCUCAAUACACCUAUCAUCGUGUUUUUGUCACUUGCUGUUAACUGUUAACACUGCUGUAACCCCAACUGUUCACACAUCAACUAAUUGUACCGCUCACACACACAAACUAUCUAACUGUACCGCUCACACACACAAACGAUCUAACUGUACCGCUCACACACACACUAUCUAACUGUACUGCUCACACACACAAACUAUCUAACUGUACUGCUCACACACACACUAUCUAACUGUACUGCUCACACACACAAACGAUCUAACUGUACUGCUCACACACACAAACGAUCUAACUGUACCGCUCACACACACACUAUCUAACUGUACCGCUCACACACACAAACGAUCUAACUGUACUGCUCACACACACAAACUAUCUAACUGUACUGCUCACACACAAACUAUCUAUAUGGAUAAGAUGAGGGAAUAUUUCAGCGUUGUAGACCGGCAGUUUCAUUUAAGUUGAUUUGUACAUUCAUUAAUUGAGGUGGAUCAUAUGCAUUGGAUCAGAUACUAGGAUUAAAAUAUACUGACUUUGAAUAUACUCACUCUGAACUCUUUGGCUGCUGAACAUUUUAGAUUGUGUCAUUUGUGCUUUCAGUGCAGUAUUUCACAAUGUGCUUUCUACUAUAGCUGGAUUUUGAACCUAUGCUGUCUUGUUUUUCUUUUCUUAUUAUUAUUAAUUUCUUUGUGCUUGUACCACUGCCCUCAACCCUUUAGAAUGGCCUAUUAGGCUAUUUGAUUUCCGAAUCGUAAUCUAGAUGAGGUUAAUCAUGGGCCUUUUAAAAAAAAAAAUGUAUUCCACUCAGUUAAUCAAAGGGAAUGUUUCAGAUUUUAAAUGUAAAGUUUUGUCAAAGAGAGGCAUACUUUUGAAUGUAAAUCGCAAUUUGUGUUUUCAAUUUCUUGUCUAUUUGUCUCAAGUGUUUUGUUGACCAUUAUUUGCUAUUACACACUCUUUCCCUUGUGAUGUGGUAAUAAUUUGGUAUGUAAACAUGUUUGAGAACAUUUUAUUAGUCGAAUGUGACAACCAUAAGUAAUUGCAGGACCACUGAGUGUUUAUCUUGUCAACUUUGACAGUGGUCAGAUAGCUUGAGGUAGAAGUUGCCUUUAACCACAGAUAUAGAAUCAGAUGACCUAAACCGGCCAAUCAUAAGGAGGAAAAAAGGAAUACAAAUAUAUGACUCUGGGGCAAAUUGCAUUGUAAGGGAUUACAUUUGGGAUCAGAAAGCACAUUGAACAAGUUCUGACUCAUCUAAACAUAGGGAUAUAUUACUGUUCUAUGUUGCCACAGUUACAGGUUCCUAAUGUUGAUUAUGGCCUCAAUUACUAUUCUUUUAGUUUAAUUUAGUAAACAUUUAUUUUGAUUUGUUUACAUGUUAUGUGCCAUGUAUCAUCUUGGAAAAAAAGGUUGAGAAAUGAAAACAUCCCAAAUAAACUUGUAUUAAUGUGUAAA